UCCAUCCAAAUGCCCGCCUCUCCAACUCGAAUCCAGGACUAUCCGGGACGCGCCACCAACACCGCUGUCGGUGGCAGCAAAAAUGAUUCUGCCGCCGUCGUAAAUGCAUUGCGAAAACCUUAAGAAAGUGUUUCGAAAAUAACGCGAAGUGUUUGCUCACGGCGAACUUUUUUAGCCAGUGUUUUUUUUUGUUUUGAAUGUGGGCAUCAUGGAUGACAAUCAGCAAGAUUUAUUAGCCGAAGAGUAUGUUCAGGAUUUUGUGUUAGACCAUCUAGAGGAUAUCACAGUGAAAAGGGAAGAAAAGCGUCAGUACAUUGAAUCUGUGGCCUGGUUACCUCACGAGGAAGAUUCUUGCAGCAGAAUGGGCGGAAGGGCUCAGGGCUGGGACGAUAGAAGAAAUGUAACACCGUCAGAGCCGAUCUACCAACAACCCGUUAUGAUCAACAUGACAAAUCCAGAUACACCUCCGCAUACCUCUCCAAGCCAAUCGCCUGCACCGUAUAGAUCAUCUGGCUUGGAGGAGCAACAGCACAUGAUGUGGUUUCCACCAGUGAUGCGUUCUGAGCCUCAACCUUUGGACCUCAGGCCGCUUCAUUGCAUGGGUGGAGAUCCGGAAUGGGAACGACGAGGUUACAUUCCGUCAGGUAUAAUUCCGGAGGACCAAAACCACAAUCAUCUGCUACAUCAAAGACCUCAAUCAGUGUCUUCGCUGGCGAGUGCACUUUCACCUCGACUGGGACUUCGUAAAAACGACAGUGGAUAUUUCGGAUCGAGUGAUGAGUUCAAUACCAGUGGUUAUUCAACGUGCUCAGAUGAGCUGGGUCGUCUGAGCGACAAAAUGCUUAUGACGCUUUCUGUGCGAGAGCUAAAUAAAAGGCUUCACGGUUGUCCUAGAGAAGAAAUCGUCAGACUCAAGCAGAAAAGGCGAACUCUGAAAAACCGAGGAUAUGCUCAAAAUUGCCGAUCGAAACGAUUGCAGCAACGGCACGAACUAGAGCAAACCAACAGAAGCCUGCAGAAUGAGCUCCAUAGAAUCAGAUCGGAAUUAGCCAGAGCAAUACAGGAGGUUGAUCGUCUAAAACUCCAAAUCCGCAACCAGGCGAGUCAGAAUAUAAAUUGCGAUGGUCAGAAUUCGGCCGAAUACUAUGUGUGACAUCAAUUCCAGGGUCGAAGAGUAUAGCUCUUGCGACCCUCUGGAUUUCCGCCAAGGAUCGCAAAACAAGUGAAACGAAGUAUUUUUUAGACUACAAUUGGAGCGGUAUUGUGCCAAUUUUUCUUCAAUUUGUGUGAAUAGCUGUUGGUUAUUUAUGUAUUGCUAAAAACAGUAUGUAAUACGUUUAUAUCAAAAAACGCUUUUUUAUUUCUCAUAUUGUUAUUUGAAAUAAAUUAGCAUUAAACUUAUUGUUAUUAUUGCAUCAGUUUUAUGCUCCGUUUUAUUAAGUACUUUAAUUUUUAAGUUUUAUAAUUGAAGCCUAUUUUUAGUCGUUUUGAUGUUCCGAUUUUUCUAUGUACCAACCAACAAUAUCACUAUUAAAUGUCGAAUGAAACGAUUUGCAUAUCUUUCAUUAUUAUACGAAUUUUUUUAAUGGAAAUGUUAUGUAUGGUUUUGUACAUUCAUCAUGAAAUAUUUUUAUAUACCUGGGGUCAAUUUUGGACCUGCUGUGUUAUGUUUUUAGAAUAUAAUAUAUUGAAUAUGUUAUAUGAGUAAAAAGUUGUAAAUAACAGAACUUUAGAGACCAAUAAAAUCAUUGGCUACGCCAA